AUGAAAAUUAUGAAAAAUGUUGGAAGCGAUUUCACACUUCACAAACACAAGAAUAAAAUGCCAAACGGACAUGCAUCUCUGAAUCAUUUUUCUACUUUGUUCAUAAGUAGAAAAGUCAAGGUCUAUAUUUUUGUGAUCGCAAUCCAUGAAAAAGGGCUUAGAAAUGGAUUGGCAUAUUUAAAAUUACUUCAUUUCAUACCUCCGAUGCAUGCUUAA